AUGGCAUGGAUGAAGGGGUUGUUUACAAGAGCAGCUUCGUUGCAUGCUUCGCUAUCUCAAUAUUCUACAAACGGGCUAUCUACAUACGGAUGUUUGAAUGCCUCUACACUUCCCCCGUUCAUAGCUGAUAAUUCGUCUCCUGGAUACCCUUGGGGAAACGCCAAGGAAGGACCAGGGAUUCCACCUAAUACCGGAAAGACACGGUACUAUGAUCUUACAGUAUCUAGGUCCAUCAAGGCACCAGACGGGUACCAGAAGAAUGUCAUCUUGAUAAAUGAUCAGUUCCCGGGACCACUCAUCGAGGCCAACUGGGGAGAUGUGAUUAGUGUCAAAGUCACAAACAAUAUUACUGAUAAUGGGAAAGAAGGACUGAGUCUUCAUUGGCAUGGUCAACCGCAGAAACUCACUCCUUGGGCGGAUGGUGUACCCUCGGUCACUCAAUGUCCCAUUGCACCCGGCAGUAGCUUUAUGUACGAGUUUCGAGCGGAAUCUUAUGGAAGCAGCUGGUAUCAUUCGCAUUUCAGCGCUCAGUAUAGUGAUGGUCUCUUUGGGCCGAUGGUCAUUUAUGGUCCUAAAAAUGUGGAUUAUGAUAUCGACCUUGGCCCCGUGAUGCUGUCCGACUAUAUUCAUCAAUCCUAUCGUGGUGUAAUUGAAGGCGUAGCGGCAAAAGUCCCCAUUGGUCCGAUCUUUCCACAUGUCGACAACAAUCUAAUCAAUGGGAAGGGCAUCUUCAAUUGUAAUUCCACUCCAGGUGGUAUAUGUACCCCGGAUGCAGGACUUUCCAAAUUCAAGUUUACUAAAGGCAAAACACACCGUCUCCGACUCAUCAACGCCGGUAGUGCAGGCACGCAGAAAUUCUCCAUUGAUGGACAUCAACUUCAAGUCACCGCAGUCGAUUAUGUUCCAAUCAUCCCUUAUACGACCAACGUAGUCACCCUUGCGAUUGGGCAAAGAGCAGAUGUUGUGGUAACAGCAUCAGGACAGUUGAAUGAUGCUGUCUGGAUGCGAUCUGAUCUUGAUGUUCCUUGCAUGACUCUGACCUGUACGAACCCUCAUGGUCUGGCAGCAAUUUAUUAUGACAACGCAAAUACGACGACUGCACCAACUACGACAGGUGUGGCAUGGGAUAGUAACGAUUGUGCCAAUGACCCCUUGCAUCUAACCGUCCCUUACACAGCGGUCAAACCACCCGAUACUCCAGCCAUUACGCAGAAUAUGGAGAUAACUGUUGGCGUAAACUCAUCAGGCAGUGCGCUUUUCACCGUGAACAACAUAACCUUCCGAGCUGAUUACAAUUCACCUCUCCUCCUCCUUGCCAAACAAGGAACUCCUGUCUCAACCCUCCCUCUCGACUGGAACAUCUAUAACUUUUCCACUUCUCCCUCGAUCCGCAUCCACCUCACGAACCUCUGGGAUACCACCCAUCCCAUGCAUCUCCACGGCCACGACUUCUUUGUCCUAGCCGAAGGGAGAGGAACCUGGGAUGGCACCAUCACAAACCCCUCUAAUCCUCUCCGUCGCGAUACACAACUCAUGAGACGCGGCUCGGUAUCUAGCCCUACUUACUUAGUCAUAGAAUUCGAAGCAGAUAAUCCUGGAGUUUGGCCAUUGCAUUGUCAUACCAGUGCGCACGUUAGUGCAGGGCUGUUGGUUAAUAUUUUUGAGAGGCCGGAUUUAGUGGCUGAGGGGAGAGAUGAGAGGGGCAUGAUUCCACAGGUAGUAAAGGAAACUUGUGAUGCGUGGAAUGCGUACACGGAUAGUGGGGGCGAAGUUGAUGAGAUUGAUUCAGGACUCCGCCGUCGAAGAUCUUGA